AGCAUGAGAGCCCCGAGUCCCCACAGCACCGAGCUGGCUGCCCACAUGGUGGACGUGCUGGCGGCAGAGACCGACUUCCAUUCGGGACAGGUGCUCCACAUCGUGUGGGCCAUCUACAGAAGCCUGCCGUCCGUCAGAGCCGCGCUGGCCCUUCAGAGCCUGGACAGGGCCCUGCUGCUGCUGGCCAGCAAGCGCCCCAGGGAGACGGUUGCCAGCCUGCUGCAGUGCUCGCUGACCUGCACCAGCGUCGCCGUCACCAUGUGGAGGGCGAUGGUGUCUGAGCCCCCAGCCACAGAGAGGGUGCUGCGCGAGCUGCUCCGCAUCCUCAUGAACCAGUCUGGCUGCAAGACAUCCACCUCCACCAAGGACCACCCGCGCGUCCUGGCCCUGGCCGUGAGUUCCUCGCUUGCCCGUCUGCGUCUCCGUCGGGCAGCAAGGCCCCUCCACGAGAUCCUCCUGCUGCCUACCAGCCGGGGGGAGGCGAAGGCCAUUUUCCCCCAGCUCUUCCUGGCCCUCCUCUUCCAAGUGUCCUUCACCACGGAGCUGAAGCUGCAGGAGGUGCAGGUCUUCUGGGAGAAGCACCGGCAGGACCUGCUCACUCCCGUCAGGUCCACGGUGCAGGCCCUGAAAGCGCUGCUCCGCAGCGUGGGCCUGGGGAGCCCGGUGCUGGCCAUCGAGGCGCAGGGCGGCUGGGCCGCGCUUCUCAGCGCCGAGAGCCACCUCUGGGGCGUGCAGGUGGUGGCCAGGGAAAUGAAGGAGUUGCCCAGGAGCCUGCGCGCCACCAUCAUCCACCAGCUGGUUGAGCUGCUCCGCACGGAGGCCUCCUCCUGGCAGACGGUGGCCAUGGUCAUCCUCAGCAAGCUGCUGGAGUGCACAGAGCUCGGCGACGAGCUGGACUGCGUCGCGAGCCUCUUUGCCAGCUACCUGCGGAGCCCGUGCCUGGGCAUGCAGAGCCUGGUGCUCAGGGCGAUCCUGGGGCUCACCGAGAGGCCGGCCACGGCGAGGCAAACGCUCGUCCUGCUGCCGAGCAUCACGGAGCAGCUGCAGGCUGCAGACAGCGACACCCGCGCUGUCGCUCUGCCCGUGCUCAGCACCAUGCUGCGGCUCCUGGAGGGGAGGACGCUCAGCCUCGCGGCUCUGGAGCUGGCCGGCAAGCUCCCAGCCCUCUUUGGCGACGACUCAAGUACGGUGCGGCUUCUCUCUAUUCGCCUCUUCCUCGACACGCUGGGCUUUGUGGAGGGCAGCCAAGAGAAGCUGCAGCAGGUGGCACACAGGAGCCUGCUCCCGCUGUCCCUCCACCUGCACGACCAGGACGAGAGCGUGGCCGAGGCCUCCCGGGAAGCCCUCCUUGGUGUUGCGCGCUUCCUGCGCUGGAGGCAGCUGGCGCACCUGGCCGAGACGCUGCAGAGCUGGAAGAUCGGCGAGUGCCUGCUGGCCAGGAGGAGCAGCGCAGCAGAGGAGUACCUGGCCCAGAGCCUGCCCUACCUGCAGAGCCUGCAGGAGCCCCUGCGGCGGGAGGCUGUGAGGUUCACUGGGCUCGUGGGGAGGCACCUGCUGGAUCAGCACCAGAGCAAGAGCCAGGACAUCUGCCAAGUCCUGCGAGGCUUGGCAAACGACCCCUGCGAGUCAGGUCUCGUCGCUGGCGAUUCAGACGGUGCUGAUCCUGCAAGCACCAAGGCCACGCUCGCGCUUCAGCUUUCGGCAGCUGUGCUCCAGGCUGCAGAAGGCAUGGAGGAGGCGACGCUCUUCCCCGGCAGGCAGCUGAGCGUGCUGGAAAGCUCCCGGCAUCUCCUCCUGCCUGCGGCGCAGCCCCGCUCCCCGGGCACGUUCCCUCCACUUCUCCGGCCUUCUGCGUGCCGGGGGCAUGCCCGAAGCAGCUCCCGAAGCCCAUGA